UAACGUCAUUCCGCGAAGGCCGUUAGGACUUUCCACUGACAUACCUUUAGAUGCACCUGCCCUUGUGAAUAACCACUCACAAGCUUGAUUUUCAAUGUCUGACGACAUAGUGGUUGCUAAAGUCUCUCUUCCGGAGCAUCGUGGGAAUUUCCUUCUAUCAAAUAUAAAACAAGAGCCACGCGAUGUCAUUUCAACCUCGUCAACUUCUGACAAUUCAUUCGUUUCUUUCCCUCAGGAUCAAUAUUUAAUUAAUCCUAUACACGUUCAGAACUCUUUGUCCAAUAAUACACUUGUAAAUACUCAUUAUAAUUUCCCUCUGAACGGGACCACCACCAAUAAUGCAUCAUCUAAAGGUAAUAAUACGUUUUCUGGAUUUUUACCCGGAGCCAAGAAUUCUUCAACAUUACAUUCAUCUGGACCAAAAGUUUGCAAUGCAUUUAAUCAUACUCCUGUCCAUCCAUUGUAUAAUAAUAAUAAUAAUAAUAAUAAUAAAAUUCUCUUAGCUCCUCGGCCUCCAGCAACAUAUUCAAAUUCAGUUGUUUCUUCAUCAAACUAUCUAUCAAUAAACCAACCAAUUCAUACUCAAUCAUCAAUAAUUCCACGAAAUCCAACUAUUGCAUCAACUGAUGACCUUAAAAGAGUAAUCUGUAACUCUUUAAAUGUCAAUAAUAAUAAUGAUAAUAAUAGUAAUAAUAAUAAUAAUAUGGUUUCACAAUCAAUGAUUCAUCCUAACUUUAAUAGCUCUUGUACAAAUCAUCAUCUAAAUAAGAAUUCUAUUUCGAUGGAUUUUGCUUGUGUUUCAUUUGAACCAUAUCAAAAUUCCCUUAGUCAUUUGACAACACGUAAAAGUAGUUCCACGGAAACUGUCAAUAAUAUCAAUCAAAUUUUCUUAACACUACAGUCAAGUGCAUCAGAAAUACCAGUAGCAGCACCAACAGCAGCAACAGUGCAUACAAUCACAUCUACAUCUGGUGUUUCUGUUUUAGACAAACAAACUUUUAUUACAACAUAUUCUCCUUCUUCUACAAUUAAUGUUGCCACUGCUUCUACUGCUGUAAUUCCUACUACUAUUGCUAAUAAUUUUGAUUCAUCCAUUGAAAAUUCAUAUGAUGGAGUUCUAUGGGGUCGUAUAUGUCGUCGUGCCGAUGGUGAUUUAAUGCUGCCUGGAUUAGGUCGACUUUGUACAUUCAAAAGUCCAUAUUCAGUGUUAAGACAAAUUUGUCAAAUGACUAAAUCGGAAGAUAGUCUUGCAUUACAACUAUCAUCAUCUAGAGUUCAAAGUGAAAUUGACGAAAAUCUUCGAUUAGGAAAUCAUUUAUCAACUUCAUUAUUGAAUCCAACAUCAAAAAAAGGUUUUCACAUUUGUCUUUGUUGCCGUUUAACAUUUACCAGUAGUUCAGUGUAUGAAUGUCAUUUGAAUCGUUCCAUUGCACAUAUCUAUUAUCGAUGUCAUUUAUGCCUUGAAUCAACUACCACUACUACUAGUACUCUGCCUGUAACAAAUAAUCAAAUGUUGAAUAAUAAUAAUAAUAAUAAUAAUAAUAAUAAUAAUAAUGAUACAAUCAAUGCACAAAGUGUAUAUUACACCACUACCACCACUACCACAACCACAAUCAAUUCAAAUGAUGCCAUGGAUAAAGAUGUAAUCAUGGAAAGAAGAAAUGCUUCUACGAAUACAACACCAGUAAUAACAACGCCAACACCAAUACCAACACCAACUAAUCAUCAUCAUCAUCAUCAUAAAAUUGGUAAUCAUAAAAACAUUAUACAUUUUCAAUUUUAUUCAAUUCUACCGGGUGAUAUAAUUAAAGCAACAAAUCAUUGUGCUAUAUUUCAUCAUUUUAUAUCAGCUCAUCCAAAUCAAAUGGAUUUAUGGAUAUUAAAAUCAUCGUUACUUACUGUUUAUCCAUUAAGAGGAUCUAUAAUGUGUUCAGAUUUAACAAAAUCAUCUCUGUCAGAUUUAUUAUCUAAUGCUCCAAGAGAGAAGACCUCUGCAAAUCAAUUAUCGAGUCAAUCGGAAAAAAUUCAAUCUGAUCCAUUCUCUAAUCAUACAUGUCUGUCAGGAAUUUUCAGUGAUCUUCAUCAAAGUUUAAAUAAUAUAUCCGCUUUGAACAGUUUCGAUUUACUUCAUUCAUCAUUGUCAACACCUGUACUUAUCAAUAAUAAUAACAUCAAUAAUCAUAAUCUUAAUACAUUAUCCAAUUGUUUUAUUACUAAUGCCAGUGAUUAUGAUAAUCAUAUAAUUGAAAAUUUCUCUUCAUUACAACGUAUUUUUAAACCAAUCAUAGCGAUUCAUCAUUUACAACAAGAACAACAAUUAAUGCAUGAAAUCACUGAGACCAACGUUCAUCAUCCUGAUCAUCCUCACCAUCAAUUACAACAUGUUUCACAUUUACCAAAUUUACCUAGUUCAAAUAGUUUAUUAUAUCGUGUUAUUCUUUAUUUAGCCAAUUGUGAAAUAUGGCAUAGUCAUUUAUUCUUGUCAAAUUGGUGUGAUAGUAGCAAUAAUCAUAAUAAUAAUAAUACUAAUUCAACUGGAUUACUAUCGACUGCCAAUCAGAAUGCUGACAAGUACAGCACUUAUUUGCAUUGUAAUAAUACUGUUAAUUAUAAUCAUAGAAAUAAUUCUACAGACAUUUUAUUCAAUAUUGAUGAUGGUGAUGAUGGAGAUGAAGAAGAGGAGGAGAUUGGUUGUGAUGAUGAUGUUGAUGACGGAGAUGAUGACAAUGCGGGUGGGGGUGGGGGUGGUGGUGGUGACAAUCGUCAUCGUGAUGACGCUGGUAACAACAACUUGAACACCAGUAAUCGUGUGUAUACAACACCUGCUACUACUACUAAUAAUAAUAAUAGGAGUAUCGCUGAUAAAAAUUCUCAAAACAAAUCAUUAAUAAAGCGAUGGUCUUCAACAAAAUUGUGUAACAUAUGUCUACCACCGUCUGCUCCAUCCAAUACAUAUUUGAAUCAAGCUAUUGAUUCAUUGAUUACACUCAAUUAUCAUCAACAAUAUCAACAUCAACAUCAUAAUUUAACUUGUUCUUCUACUACAACUUCAACAAUAACAAUGACAACCGCAACACCAACAACUACAGCAACACCAACAUCAACCGCAACAACACUUCAUCGAUUCACUGAUGAUUCACUACUACUCACAUUAGAGAAUAAUGAACAUUUCUCAUCAUAUAAACCAAAAUCCAUGAUGAUCAAAUCGAAUAUGAAUCAACAAUUCGGAGUGUUACGUUGUUUAAUAUGUAAAUUUCGAACAAAUGAUUGUAAAUUACUUAUUGAACAUUUGAUAGGUGGUAGUCCACCAUUAAAUCAUACAAAAUGUGGUUUAUGCGGUCAAUUGUUGUAUACUAAUCAACCAUCAUUAUGUUCAGUGAAAGCACAUCUUCUAUUACAUUUAGGUUGUUUUUUAAUGUGUCCUCAAUGUGGAUAUACGCCUCCAUUACAUUUACCACCAGAUUGUGCAGAAUUAUGUUUACGUGUACAUUUACGUUUUGUUUGUUAUCAUUUUAAUUUAAAAGAAGUAUUUCAAUGUAAUUAUUGUGAUGGUAAAGCAUAUCCAACUUAUGAUAAUUUAUGUCAACAUCAUUUAGAACAUCAUGUAAAACGUAUUUAUGCUUGUUUAUGGUGUACUCGACAAGUAUCCAAUGAAAAUGCUAUUCAUAACAAUAACAAUAGCAAUAAUCAUACAAAUUCUACAAUUACUCAAAAUUUUCCUAUAGCAGAAAUAGUUAAUAAUAGUGGCGGUGAUCAUACUGCAAUCGGUUCAUCUCAUGAACAUUUAAAAAAAACUAUUUCAUCUACAACUAUUCAUAUGAAUAAAGAAAAUAAUAAAUUAUCCAUACCUGUGACAUCAUUGUAUACCACCAACACCACCGGCACCACCACCAACAGCAAUAAUUCACGUCCUAAUUCUACUAAAUCUAAUUCUUCUCGUGAUUCAGUGGACAGUACAAUUCCUCCUAAUAAAACACAUAUAAUUUUUCGUUCUGAUUCAAUGCAAGAAAUGGUGAAUCAUUUAAAAAAUAUUCAUUUAUCUAAUUUUAUUGAACAACAACAUCAACAACAACAACAUGAAAUAACCCCUUCAUCAGAUGAUACCAUUUUAAUGAUGAAUGGUGUACCACAGUCAUCUACGCCGCCGCCGCCACCACCUCCUCCACCGCCUCCACCACAUUAUCAUCAUCCUGCUGCUGUUGUAAUUGGUUGUCAACAAACAUCUUCGAUGAAUGGUGAUAGUCGUAAAACUAAUCAACAUCAUCAUGUUUCCAAUGCUGAUGGUAUGGUUUUGUUAACUACACAAAAAUCAUUUAAUAAUUCAGAUGUUUUACAAAUAAUGAAUGAACCACAACACAAUCAUAUUCAUAAUAAUAGCAAUAAUAAUAAUAAUAUCAAAACUAAAUUAACUGUUAAUUUAGUUCCAAAUGUAGAUUAUAAUAUAAAAUUUCAAUGUAUUGAAUGUUCCAAAGAAUUAAAUUCUAAAGAACAUUACACGGAACAUUUUCAAACAGAACAUGGAUCAAAAUGUAAUCGUGAAUGUUUUUAUCGUUGUUUUGGUGCAUGUAAACGUCUUCUACCAAAUGUGAAUGUAUUUCGUGAACAUUUAACUGAAUGUCUUCAUGCUCAAUCGAUUUAUUAUUCAACAUUUGGUCAUUUUUAUAAUAAAGAUCAAACAUUUCAUUUACUUAAUGUUACUUCCACAUCAACGAAUAAUAAUAAUAAUAGUAAUGAGUCACAAGAACAUUUAACAACAACAACUACUACUGAUCGAAUAUUAUCAAAAGAUUUAUAUCAACUUAAUAAAUACAAUAUUCAUGAUAGUACUAAUAUUAAUAGUAAUAAUAAUAAUACAUUUGGUUGUAAAUUAUGUUUUUGUGCUUAUUGUGGUAUUGGUUCACAAAGAAAAACUAUGAAGAAUUCUUCAUCAACAUUUGAUCCAUUAGUACUUGGUUUAGAGUCUUGUACAUCAGAUGAUGGUAAUUCUAUUCCACGCAUCAAUAACAACACUAGUAAUCAUCAUCAUAAUCAUCACAGUGAUAAUGUUCUACGAUCACAAUUUUCAAUAGAUAGCUGUAGUACUACAGGUUAUUUAUCAGAGGAUGAUCGUAUGGUGGGCAUUGAUACAACUACACAAUCAAUUCAGAAUCAUAACACUAUGAAACAACAUAGUACUUCUACUACUACUACUACUAGUACUAGUACUAGUACUACUACUACUACUGCCCCUACUACUAUUCAUGGUAAUCAACAUCAUAAUCGACAUAGUGUUGGUGUAUAUGCACCAAAAUAUUUUUCAAAUUUAAUCAAUUUACAAUAUCAUGAGAAAAAUUGUCAUUAUUCUAAAAGAAAUAAUUUAAUUGCAUGCCCAUGGUGUCAUAUACAAAUGACUUUUACAAAAAAACGAAAUAAAAUUACUGAUAUGCAUUUACAUUUAUUAUCACAUGUUCAAGAACAUUGUAUGGCUUCUUGGUGUAUUGAACGUAUGCGUAGGUGGAAUGAGGACGCUAAAGUUUUACCACAUUGUGUAUGUGGUUUAGCGUUAUUAGAUUCACCACAAGCAAUUUUAUCCCAUGCUGGAGUACAUUUAUUAUAUACAAAUAAAUAUAAAUCAUCAAAUAUUAUUCCUAAUUCAUUACAAUUUAAAUAUCGUUCAAAUCAACAAUUAUUCUCAUCAUCAUCAUCAUCAACCACCACCACCACCUCCUCCGCAUCGUCAUCGUCAUCCUCGUCAACAUCUUCAUUUAAAUCUCAAUUUAAUUCAUCUGAAGAAUUUUUAUUCCCUAAACCUAGUGAUCAUAUACCUUGUCCUAUAAAAAUUUAUCGACAUUUACGAUUUGGUGUUUCAGCAAAAUUCGAUAUACAUCUUUCACAAUUCAGUUAUCAAAGUUCAUAUUUCACAUGUCCUGUAUGUUGGAGUAAAUUCAAUACUCGUUGGGCUUUAACACAACAUGCUUUUUCUGAGCAUUGGGGUACUCUCUGUUAUAUUUGUUGUGUUUAUAUUUUCAAACCGGUUGAAGGGAAUAAUUCAGUUGAACGGAGAAUUAAUCAUCAUGUCAACACUACAGAUGUAUGUACUACUACUGCUACUACUACUACUAUGCCCACAUCCUGUUCUUAUCCAUCAUUGCCAAAAGUAACAGCAACUGUAAACGCAAAUAAUACAAAUGACCAUCCGCAGUUGAAUUCAACAUCGAAUGCAACAUUAUGGGAUCAUAUAUUUUUAUGUAUGAAUCAUCGUUUAGAAUUAUUAACCAAUGGUGGUCAUCAAAAUAAUACAUCAACAUUGUCAAUGGAACCAAUGAUAAGGAAUAAUAAUCAAGACAAUACUGAUGGUAGAUUGUUAGAAAGUCAGAUAAAUUGUGAAAAUGAAAAUAAUGAUCCACAAGUACUUCACAAUGUAUCCAAUGAUACAACUAUGCUUAUCGACAGUUCUUCAACAAAACAUAAUAAUCAUCCUAAUGAAUUCAUCUCUUUACAACAAACAGAUUGGAAUUCUUAUUCUGAAGCUGUCAAUACCACUUCAUCGAUUACUACCACUAUUACUACUACUACUACUACUACCAGUAGUACAAUGGAUUCUAUUGCAACAACAACAACAACGCACAAUCAUUCUAAUUUUAUUGUUCCUAUGGAUACAAUGAAUCAUAUUCAAUCUGUUACAUCGUCAACAUCUUCAUCUUCAAUGCUGCUAUCACCUGAUCAUUCUAAUGAAUAUGUACAUAAAAUUUUCAAUAAUAAAUUAUUAAAAACAAAAACAUCGAAAUUGAAUACACAUCGUAAACAUACCAUUGUGUUAGAUGGUAGUAGUAAUGAUCUUGAUAAUAAUAAUAAUAAUAAUAAAAAUAGUAAUCAUAAUAAUAAUAAUAUUGAAGAAGAUGAUGAUGAUGAUGCUGGGAAUAUUACCAGUGAUCGUAAUAUGAAACAAUUAUCAUCACAAAAUUACACUGUAAACAACAAUUCUGGUGAAUUAAUGAUCAUUGGAUCGAAAUCAUUAGAAUUAACUAGUCGAUCACAACAGAUCACAUCUCAUAUGCAUAAAAAACGACGUCGUCUUGCGAAAGAUUUAAAAAAUGAUCAUGAGACAGUGGUAAAACACCACAAUCGAACUAGUUGUAAUGAUGAGGGUAGUGUGAGUAGUAGUGCUCCGACUAUUAUUACUACUACUACUAGUAGUAGUAGUAGUAGUAGUAGUAGUAGUAGUAGUAAUAGUAGUAGUAGAAUGAAGGAUCCCAUCUCUUAUGGCAAUUGUUUGCCCAAUAAUCCUGAUUUAGAUGAACAAGUAUACUCAACUACUGCUGAUAGUGUCAAUAAAGAAAAAAUUUGUGUACUUUGUGGUGAAAAACAGACAGCUGAUACAUGGGAAGAGCAUUGUUUAUCACAUCGUAAUCCUAAAAUGGCAUGGGGUGGUGUACGAAUCUCUCAACCAAAUGUACCAGUUUUUUGUGAAUUGAAAUCUAAUACAGUUUAUAAAUGUUACAUUUGUUGUCGACGAUUCACUGCUCGAUCUUCAUGUUUUCGUCAUAUGACCACUGUUCAUCGAUUGAAAAAAUCACAAUUAGAUGCAAAUCUUCUCAUUGAAACAUUAUCUAGUCCAAAUUCUACAUUAUCUAAUUCUGUUGAAUUGAAUACAUCAAAUUCAGAGAUUGGUGGAAAUCGUUCAUUGAAUUCAUCAAAUCCUAUCAUUAAUACGAACAAUCAUUGUAAUAAACUAAAAACUGAUAAUAAAUGUCGUAUAUCAUUGGGAAAAACUGUUGGUGGUAGUAGUAGUAGUAGUAGUAGUAGUAGUAGUAUUACUCGUACUAGUAAUACAAAUGGUAAUCUUAAUAGUAGUAGUAGUAAUAGUAGUACUAGUCGUAGUAGUAAUACUACAACUACAUUUACAUAUCAUCAUCAUCAUCAUCAUCAUCAUUCACGUCAUGAUAAUAAAUCUAAUGCAAUUGAUAUUGACAAAAAUCAACAUAAAUCAUCACUAACCAAUAACAAUACUAAUACUACUAAUAAUACUACUACUACUAAUAAUAGCAAUAGAAUUAAAUCAAAAUAUAAUUGUUCUAUAUGUCAUGUAUCAUUUAUUUCAAAUCAAAGUUUAUCUAGACAUUGUAUAUCAGCGCAUCGACAACAACAAUCAUAGAUCAUAUAGAUUGACAUACAGAGUGAGGAAGAGAGAGAAAGAGAGAGUUAUCAAACAUGAACUUUUAUUGUGUUCAUUUCUUUUCUUCCUUAUC